AAAUUUUUUAAUUCAUGGCAAAAUCAUAAAGAUCUAAAGUUAUGCGUAGAUGGAGAUCACUCAAAAGAGAACAUCUCCAAAAUGUGAAAGUCAAUACAGAUCUUCAUGAUUUAAAUUAAAAAUUAGAGGCUACUAUACAAAAUGUAAAUAUGAUUGUUUUUAUCUAUUUUAGAGAUUUCAAAGACCUACUCAACCCAAAAAUAUGUUUCUCCAUCCUAAUGAUCCAACUGCUCAAAUACCUAAAUUGAAACCAUAACCUAUUGUUGAUUUUCGAAGUUAAUCUCUACCAUAUACUGCCACUUAAUAUGUUGGUGCAAGAAGAAAACCUAUUUAAGAAGUAGUUUUAAAAUCAGAACCAGAACUUGAAGAAGAAAUUGAAAUGAAUGAUUAACCAAUAAAUGAAUAAUAACAUGAUGAAGCAGAUGAUUUAAUUAAUGCAAUGGAAGGAGUCAGAGUCAAAUCUAAAAGAGAAAUUAAAAGAGAAAAUAAAGCCAAAGCUAUGGAAGAAAUCAUACCAUUAACUAAAAAUAAAUAAAUCAAAAAAAAUAGAAGAAAGGAGCAACCAACAAGAAAAUCAAAAAAAUUAAUUACCUUUUGAUUCAUGUUUAUAUAAAUAUAUCUAUAUACAAUCAGAA